AUGGCCGACAUCAACCACAGCCUGGAGAAAAAAAUAAAGAUGGACAUUCACACCAGAGAGAUAGACCUCACCAGCAGGGACCCAAAGCGGAUCAAUGAAGAUGUUGUUAAGGUGGACUUUGAAGAUGUGAUUGCGGAGCCUGAUGGCACACACAGCAUGGACGGGGUGUGGAAACUCAGCUACACCACCUUCACUGUGUCCAAGUACUGGUGCUACCGCAUCCUGUCGGCCAUCUUGGGCAUCCCCGUGUCUCUGCUGUGGGGCUUCUUGUUCGCCUGUCUGUCCUUCUGCCACAUCUGGGCCGUUAUGCCUUGCAUUAAGAGCUGCGUGAUCGAGUCCCAAUGUCUGAGCCGUAUCUACUCGCUAACCGUGCGGACCUUCUGCGACCCGCUCUUUGAGGCCGUGGGCAAGAUAUUUAGUGGUAUGAGGGUGGCUCUACGCAAGGAGGUGUAA